GUUUAGUUCUCGGCCCGCCCGCCCAACAUCUCCACGCGUCGCUGGCACCCUAGUACUUGCUUGCGAUAUUUUACAUGGCGGUUACAAAGUUUUUACAAAAAUUUCAAAAGUAAUGGUGUUAGUGAAAAAUGUAAUGGGUGAAUAAUUUAGUGGACUUUGUUAUCGAUGGGUGUGGAGUCAGCGAAGGUGGAGGAAGUGACGGCGGCGCCGGUGCCGAGUGAGUCGGGCGCGCGCCCCAGCAGGCCUACACACUGCGUCGUCGGCGGAGCGCAUGCUUUUAUACUUAGGAUCUCAAGUUUCUUCGGUCUGGCGCCGCUGCGGUUCGAGUCUCGCAGCAAUGGCUUCACGGUCAGCAUAUCGGGAGCCAUGUGCGUGUACAGCUAUAUUCUGGUCACAGUGCUUGUAUUAUGCACGAUCUUCGGCUUGGUAGCGGAGAUCAAUGUAGGCGUGGAACUGUCAGUGCGCAUGUCAUCACGGAUGUCACAGGUGGUGUCUACAUGCGACGUGUUAGUAGUUGUAGCGACAGCGGGGGCUGGUGUGUACGGUGCGCCUCGGCGGAUGAGGAAUAUGCUCAAGUUUAUGGAAAAUAUAGCUUCGGUGGACACAAGCAUAGGUGGCCAGUACUCGCUAGUGACGGAGCGCAAGCUGUGUGGCAUCAUACUGGCGAUACUCAUCUUCUUCUCCAUACUCAUCGCGGAUGACUUCACAUUCUAUGCGCUGCAAGCGAAGAAGUUGGACAGAGAAUGGGACGUGGUAACGAACUACCUGGGUUUCUACCUCCUAUGGUUCGUGGUACUUAUCCUGGAACUACAGUUUGCGUUCACGGCGCUGUCAGUGCGCGCACGCUUCUCAGCUGUCAAUGAUGCCCUCGCGCUUACCGCUCGACAAGUCUCCAUUCCUGUGGAGAAACCAAAAAGCUCCUCACCUCUGAACAUUUAUGCUAUCCGGGUAGCUCCAGUGGACUCGCAGCGCUCCGCUAACGUCAGCCUGCUGGUGGACACCAUGACCGGCAGGGAGCAUGUCGUCAUCAUCAAGAGAACUGUAUCCCUGCUUUCAGCAAGCGGGGAGCCUCGCCUGGUGGUAUCCCCGUGCGACGCGGUGCGACGUCUAGCGGCAUUGCACGGCACGUUGUGUGACGUCGUGAACAGUAUCGAUGACAGCUACGGCCUGCCUCUCGUCGUGAUCCUCAUUUCCACGCUGCUCCAUCUUAUUGUCACGCCGUACUUCCUUAUUAUGGAGAUUAUAGUAUCCACGAACCGCAUUCACUUCCUGGUGCUGCAGUUCCUAUGGUGUGUCACGCACAUGCUUCGGAUGAUCGUCGUCGUAGAACCAGGACAUUAUACUAUAGCAGAGGGCAAAAGAACCGAGGGGUUGGUAUGUCGGUUGAUGACGUCAGCGCCGUCUACCGGCGUGCUGCCGUCGCGCCUGGAGAUAUUCUCGCGGCAGCUGAUGCUCCAGUCUGUGAGCUACGCACCCAUGGGCAUGUGUACUCUGCAUCGACCGCUUAUCGCUUCUGUAAUAGGAGCAGUGACGACGUACCUGGUGAUUCUCAUACAAUUCCAAAGAUACGACAACUGAAACGGCUCUAGUCAUAUAUAGAUUCCUAGUAUUAUAACAUUUUACAUGAAACAUUUUAUAAGAGAGUUACGGAGAAAGGUGUAAAUAAUAAUGAUUAUAGAAAAUAUUGCGUACUUAUGUUUUAAGUACAAAAUAUUAUAAAAAUAAAAUACUGAUAAUUGCA